AUGGCUUUUGAGUUUCUCUCGCGGGAACUGGGGACAGGAUUUGUCCAGAUCUCCCAGAAAAAUCUUCGGAGAUAUAGCGCCGGUUCAAUCGGCUUAAACGAACCUCCUAUGAAGGUCUUCGGAGAUGUUCUUAAAGUUAUAAGGGAAUUAGACUUCACGGGUGAUCUCCCAUAUAUCCUCGAAUUAACCGGCAUAGUUGCUGCUCGUGAACAAGAUGGCGGCGGAAGUGAAAUAAUAUAUCCUCGAUCCGAGUCGGCUGGCAGUUUAGAGGAGCAAGGUAAUGGCCCGCAGGAAGAGAAGAUGGAGAGUGGGAAUGGGAAGAAGAAAGAGAGGAAGAGAAGGAGAGAAGAGAGAGGUUUAUAUAGCCGGGUCUGCCCUUCCCUCCACAUCGUGACUGAUGCCGGGAUAGCCUUGCGAGUGCGAGUGAAUAUGGAACUGAAUGGAGGCUCAUUUCACUUCUUCGGUGAUGAAAGUUCUUCUGCUGCUGGAUUGACGGUGAUCACAAAGCCAGACGUCUUCGGGGCUUUAGGGUACGAGGGUAACUAG